CAGAUACUUACAAACGCUUGCCUGAAAAUAACUAACAGAAUCCCUUAGUCUACUGUCCUCUAGACAUACUUUUGAACCUAAUGUUGUUUAUAUGUAUUUACGUCGAAAAGCGCAACAUCUGUACCUUUGUUUACGCGGCGAUCCGACUAACCGCAAAGCUAGAGUAAUGUCCGUUCUAAAGCUGUUAUGCCCGUUAAUACUACUGUCUAUUUUAUGUUUCGGUCUUAUUCGCAGUGAAGCGAAUGGACCUAAAGUUACUGACAAAGUGUUCUUCGAUAUUGAAGUUGAUGGAAAACCACUUGGUCGAAUAAUUAUCGGAUUGUUUGGUAAAACGGUGCCUAAGACAGUAGAAAAUUUCAAACAACUUUCAAUUGGCACUCAACUGAAGGAUGGUCGAACUGCUUCAUAUAAAGGAAGCACUUUUCAUCGUGUCAUUAAGUCAUUCAUGAUACAAGGUGGAGACUUCACAAACCACGAUGGAACUGGAGGUUUUAGUAUUUAUGGCGAUAAGUUCCCUGAUGAAAACUUCAAAUUGAGACAUGUGGGUGCAGGGUGGCUGUCAAUGGCUAAUGCUGGUCCUGAUACAAAUGGAAGCCAAUUCUUUAUUACGACCGUGAAGACCUCGUGGUUAGAUGGAAAACAUGUUGUUUUCGGAAAAGUUUUAGAAGGAAUGAACAUUGUUAGACAGAUUGAAAAUGAAACGACGGAUUCAAGAGAUAGACCUGUCAAGAGCAUCAAGAUAGCCAGAUGUGGGCACAUUCCCGUGGAAACAGCUUUCUCGGUAACGAACUCUGAUGCUGUCGACUGAACUAGUAUGAAGAAUUUCUUAUACUGUUUUGUAUUUAUGUACAUUCGUGAAUAUAAUUUAGUAUGAUGGA